AUGAGGAGCCUCCUACCUGGGAGCCUUCCAACGCCGUCCGCUGGUUGGGACGUUCGCAGCCGGUCACCGCCGUCCGCAGAGGCCGAGGCUGGAACAGGACUCCUGCCGGUACUUGUCUCCGUAAGUGGAGUUGAGCAGGAUGAGGUACUCGGCCAGCCCAGCGUCACUCAGGCUGGUCCUCCUGCGGAGCUCGCUCCACAGCUUGUGGGACUCUCCGAGCCUCGGCCGGCCCCUACACCGCCUCGGAACACCUCGGUCCCCGGCUCGGUCGGCCUCAGAAGGACAGUCUGCCGGACAGUGCGCCAUCUUGCACCGGUGUGCCACCUGAAAACAGCCGCGGGAAACUUGGAGUGCGAGGUGAAUUCUGUUUGGUUUCUGAUGACAGACAUCCUAACGUUGGUGUUCAGGACCUUGUCGUCACAGACAGGUCAGAACAAGGACCCCAGUGCCGGUCCUCCAUCCCCAGCACCCCGCUCCAGCACCCUGCUAGUGGGAGAGCACCGCCUCAGCCGCUCCGUCCUGCUGCUGGCGGCCGUCACCGCCGCCUCGGAGCUCGGCGUCAGGGUGGCUUUCUUCGCCCAGACUCAGAUUCAGAGCCUCCCGGAGUGUCUGCAGAGAUGCAGCGCGACCCAGAACCCGGAGGGUCUGAAGAGAAUAACAUUCAGCUAUCCCCGGACCCUGGAGGAGCUACUCCAGCAGGUCGCCGGCCUUCACGAGUCCCCCUGCCCGCCCUCCCUCAUCAUCAUCGACCGACUGGACGGCUUCCUGCGGGGCGCCGUCGCCGGCAGCCACGUUGGCUUUCACUCGGGAGACGAGUCUCGCGCUGCUCAUCUGGCGGCGCUGCUUUGCGACACCGCUGCCUUUCUCACCGAAGUCCUGGAAAAGAGGGGCUCCAGCUCGGCCCCCUGCCGCGCCAUCGCCUCCUUCCUCUCGGACGCGGACAGCGGGCAGGAAAGCCGGGACGCAUCAGCCACGGAUCCUGUUCUGGCCGUUCUUGACCGCUACUUCCAGGCUCGCUGCACUUUGGACCAGGACAGAAGCUACGAAGCUGCCGCCGCCGCAGCACAGGAGGCCUGGCACGUCUACCUGUCUGGAACUAAAAUCCCGGAUGACUGCGAGGACGGGCCCGCUUUGGCUCAGGAGUGGAAACUCUUCAUUUUCCCUGAGGGUUUAAUGGAAUUUAAGUUAGUUUGAGUCUCCCGAUGUUAAAACACUUCAUUUUAAUUUACCACAGCCGGCUGAGAAGUAAACUAUUAAUGGCAUCAAAUCAAUCAAACUUGUAUAUUAUAUAGCUGGUCUAUUUUUGUUCACUGUAAUUUAUUGGCCAAAAAAUGUCCAAUGUUUUUGCCUCAAGGCCUUAAGAAAUGUAUAAUACAUCCUCAGCUAUGGACAGGUAAGGUAUAAAAUAGUUUUUUAAUUUUAUUUUUUAGUUGUUUUUUCUUAUUCUGUAUUAAGUUAGGCAAAGAAAACUUUUUUUUUUUUUUUUUUAACAUUUUUCUUACAUAUAAUAUAGUACGCUUAUUUUUAAAGGUGCACCGAUCUGCUUUUCCCAGCCAAGACCGAUUUCCGGUUUCCUUUAACGACAGUAACGUCUGACCUACUCAUUGGAUUUUUUUUUUUUAAACUACUGCAUGACAUAAAAGAGAAGAAAAAUAUGCACCAGGUUCUUUGAUAGAGGUCAAGGCAUUUCUUCGUAACCUUUGAGUUUUGCUCAACUCCUCAAAAGUUCAGGGAAGUACACGGCCGAUGUAUGCAUAAAAAAACCCAUGGAAGAAGGUUUGAUGAGUUCGAUGAACAAGGAAAAAAGUAGAUUUUUCAGUGUUUGACUUGUCGAUGAAGGGAAAGGAGAUUAAAUAGUGGUGCAAAACGAUGUGUUUUCAACUAAGUACCACUAUGAGGUGAUAUUUUCUGUUCUCUUCUCCAGAUGUUCUUGUUUAUAUCAAAAAUAAAUGUUAUGCUUUGUAAAGACUUCUGUGGAUCGUCCAAAGUUCUAAUUGUUUUAUGUGAAAGACUUUAUAGACAAGUUUCAGGUUCAUUUGUUUUUUUUUUAAUCAAAAUAUAUUCAGAACUUAUUAUUAAAGCAAAUAUAUCACAAAUAUGUAUUUUUUUGUGAAAAUAAAAAAAGCUUUUAGGCUUACAAGAUGUGUCCAAGUCUGAGGAAAUACAAAUUUGAAUGUUCAAGUCAGUCGUGAUUUAAAUGUGAUUGAUUGAAA